AUGUAUGGAUUUAAUGAACUAAUAGGCUUUGAAAUGCUUAUCUUUGUUUUUAGAUAUCUAUUGAUUAAUCUUCGUGCAUUAAUGAUGGAGAAUCAGCUUUCUGAUAUGAUUCAAUCAUUGUCCAUUUCAUCGAAUGAAUGUCGAAUACAUGCUCGAAAACAACUUGACUUAUGGUUAGAUUCAUCGCUAACUUUACUUCGAGAGGCAUAUAAUGAAAAAUUUAAUGAAAUCGAUCAAUUGUUUGAUAUUCUUACUAAAGAUUUAGAAGUUUACAAACAACGACAAUUGAUGACAAUCGUAGAACAAAAAACUGAUCCAUUGAAUCAGGAAAUAGAAGUAUUACAAAAACAACUACCAACACUUAUUCAAGUUAAAAAUAUUCCAGGUUCCGUUUCAAAUCUUGAAAUAUGUCGAUCAACUAAUAUCAUUGAUAGACCUACUGAAUUUUCCAUACUUCGUCAUGCAUUAUCACGAAAAGAACCUGUACAAUCGUAUCGUUAUUCAUCAACGUGUCGUGCCAUGGGGUGUGAUUCGAAACAAGACAUUAUUCUUCUCUAUGAUAAGGAUGAACUCAUUCUAUACAAUGUUAAUGGUACUUUGGGCGGAAGUAUUUCAUGGCCUACAAUAGAAGAUGGUUUUGUAUCAGAUAUUACUUGGUGUUCAAUACUGGAUAGUUUUCUCGUUUUGGGUCGUAUGGCUCUUUCAUCGUUCAAUACACAUUUAUAUACGUGUACUCGUAUUCCACAAGUUCGUGGAAGUCAAUCACAUCAUCUUAUUGCUUUAGCUUAUGUAGAAAACGAUAAAAGUGUUUUUAUUUGUUGUCAUCAUCCACAAGAUACUAUUCGACAAUAUGGUACACUACCAGAAUGGAAUCUACAAAGAACUUGGUCAAAAAACAAUUUAAUUAAUCAAGAUGAUGUCGGUAUUCGAUGUAUUCGUGUAAAUUCAUCCAAUACACAACUUGGUCUUGUCAUUAAAAAUAAGAAUGAUCAGUUUCGUGUAGGUCUUUAUUCCAUGGAUUUAACACAUUUAUUUGCCACCAUUCCAAUUAAUACAACAUCGUCCUCAUUAAAAGGAGGUCGGAGUAUUGACUUUAUGCUUUAUUUAACACCAUUUAUUGAUGAUCAUUUAUGGUUAGUUAUUUAUGGCAAUGGAAUUCACGAACACUCUCUUCUACUCAUUAAUAGUGAAACAGAAAAAUCAGAAACUAUUAUUGAUGAUUCUAUACUGAAUGCAUCCAUGUUAGAUGAACAAUAUUUAAUAGUUCGAAUGAAACAAUCAAUGUCGAUUUAUGAUAUUCAAUAA